UUAGAGAGUAUGAUUUGAUUUCAAAUUGAAUUGAAAACGGAUUAUUUUUUUAAUUCCUAUUUAUAACUAAAUAGAAAAUAAGUUUCAAAUAACAAUGAAUGUGAUAAACGAAAUCAGUGAUGAAGAAUUCGUGCCUUUCCUGCAAAGUUUGGGUGUAGAAACAUAUAAGAAAUCUUUUGAAUGGAUGUUGAAUGACGCCGACUUUUCGGGUGUUUUGCGUUGGUUAUACGAUAACUUGGAUCACAACAAUGCCUUGAGUGCUAGAGAAGAGUAUAGAUACACUGAAAUUGAAAAACAUGGCCAGCUUCUGUCUUUGGAAGAUCUAGAAAAGGCCAUCGACAAUUUGCAGAAGGAAUACGAGGGUCUAUGCAUACCAGGAGACAAGGAGACUCAAGAUGAUGUCAAAAUGGAUCUGAGCAUGCAGAAAGAAAGAUUGGUCAUGUUGGAGAAAAAGGAAGAAGUUCUCAAUGAUCUGUUGAAGCAAAAUGAAUUAAUCAAAGAAGAACUGAACCUCGAAGUGACCAAGCUCCAUUCCGCGCAGCAACAGUGCACCGAGGAUGAGUCGACUGCUGCCGACGAGUGUCUCCAACUUGCUGAGGAGGUGGAGACCAUCACGGAAGAUGUGGUAGACGUGGUGGCUGACGCUUUGGACUUGUACAGCAAUUGUCAUGCUGAUAAGGAAAUGUCAAGAAAAUUCUACACAUUCGGGCCGUUCGAGUCGUACAGACAAUCGCAGACAUUGUUCAGGUCACAUUUCGAUCUGUUCACAACCAGGAAGUUUGGCAACCGGCAGAAGGACAAUGUGACCGAUGAGGACUUGCGCUUGGCUCUUAUUGAAGCUAAGAGCUUGGAAGAGAGAUUAAUAGACGCGACGCUUGCGUACAUAGAAUCCAAAGCGGAACUGAGCGGCGAGCAAGCGAAACUGGCACUUGUAUCUAACUAUAAUAAUGUUCAUCCUAGUCAAUUGGCUGAGUGUCUAAUAGAAGCACAAGGCUCAGUAGAGCUGCUAGAGCAAGAGGAAGCCAUCUUGGACCAGCAGAUACAGGAUUCUGUGAAGGACCUGGUGGACUCCCGCACCAGGCUCGCUGUGGAAACCACGGCCAGAUCAGCAUUGGCUGUUAGAGAGCAAAUGCACCGCGACAUAUCCCACUUGCUAGCCACGACGCAGCAGGCUUUAACGCUAGACCGCAUCCUAUACUGUGCGUUCCGUCACGAGCUGCGCACUUUGGAGCAAGUGUUGCAGUUCGCAGCGCACUUGAGGCUGUAUUGCAGCGCUGAGAAGGAUGCUGUUUGCAGCAGAAUUGAAUCGAUGCACCAAAUAUGCUCCGAACAAGACCAAUGCUUACAAAAGGUGCAGUCGUCCGACGUUCUAACUGAAGCCCUGUGCAAGAUGUUAGGCGCACCACACACUAGUGACGCAGCGGUGUUAGUGAAAGCAUACACCGAUGUAAUAAGUUGUGUGGAUGAGCUGAGAGACGAUAUUUCUGAGGCGUUUAGGAAGAAAGAAGCGGGUAUUGAUGAGUUCAGCAAAUCGUGCGUCCCGCUCCGCAAUUACAUUUGGGACGGCUGCACUCGCCAGCCCAACUGCUGGGACAGAUCGGCUUCGGCGCUGUCCCACUCGCUGAAGCACGAAAUGGGACUCGUGGACAAGAAAGUGCUGGACGCGAGUAGCCUGUUCACUGCUGUCAAGAAUGGCGAUAAGAAUAACCUACGAAAACUCUGGCAGUGGUUCCUGACAGAUCACAAUCAGCUGUCAUCGGUGAUUAAGCACGUGCAAGCUAAGGGCAUGGUGUUCUAAGAGAGCGCUGCUGCCCAUUCUCUGUUUGAUGUGUAGUCCCUAAGUCGCCUCUUACGACACCCGCGGGAAGAGUAGGGGUUGGUGACAAAUGUAUUCUACUCUGCCGUCACCACACGGCUGAUAUGUAUG